AUGCGGACGGUGAUCCAGGCAUCUCUGCCUACCCUCGACGACGGUGGCUUGGUGGUCCAGCAGGUGAGGGGUGACCCCAAUCGCAGCAUCCGGAUCCCUAGCACUUCGCCCGACAGCCCCCGGCGCGUCGAUCCAAACACCAGCCAGUCCAGCCAUGGAGCCCCGGCACCCUCCGGCAGAGGGAAGGAGCUGAAGGCAGCCAGCUCUCGGAGCAGCAGGGACCAAGAGGAGGAUAGGUCGCGGAGGCUCCGCCACGGUGACGGAUCCUUUGUGGGGGAGCCGGACCCCAAGCGUCAGAAGACAACGGAGUCAUGGGAGCAGAGUAGCUCCCAGGCUCCGCCGCUGCCGCCCCAUCACCAGCAGCAGACACAAGGGAGGACUACUCGCCCUGCCUCUUCUUCUGCUUCCACCGGCGACUCCUCGGCCGACAGGUCCGGCCCCCAUCAAGCUUCUUCCACAACCACUGCUGAGGGGUCAGCAACUUCACCGAUAGCACCUCCAGCCCCGCCCGCGGCCGCGGAGGUCCGGGCCGGAGCUCCAGUGGCUGAGACCGCACCUCGAAUGGAGGCGACCCCUCCAACCACGGUGGGCGGAGAGGCUGCUCCGGCGGCUUCAGCAGGAGCCACGGCGGGGGCGCCCCCUAUAGAGCCAGCUGCGGAGGGGCGCGCGGUGAAGAUGCCAUUGGAGGCGCCAACUACGGGGGCAGCCACAGCAGAGGUACCCCCGGCAGCGACCACGGCAGAGGCACCCCCAGCAACUGGUGCGGCAGAGGUGCCCCCGGCGGUGGUCGCAUCAGAGGCCGCAGAAGCAGAUGGUUAG